AUGCUCCUCCUCUCCUGCGUCCUCUCCUCCCGCGCCAUCUCCCUCGGCCACGGCAAACACGCCUCCACCCACUCCCGCGAAACCCUACUCUCCAUCGCCGUCGUCUCCCGCCUCGCCGACAUGUUCGUCACCCUCUCCAUCUUCUGGAGCAAGCUGUUCGUCGUCGCCGUCCUUCAGCCCAACGUCCCCUCCGUGUCGCGACGUCGCAAGAUCCUCGAUGUUGUUGUGGCGUUGUCGGCGCUGGGCAUGGCUGCUGCUAUAGUGCUGGCGAGUAUCCCUGUGGACAAGGUGUAUUGCUCUACGGGCGGGGAUUCUUGCGUUUCGUUGGGGAGCUUUGUUACGGCGGCGAGGUUGUUGGCGUUCCUCGUGUUGAUAGCGACAAGCAUUGCUGUCCGGCUAUCACUUGAACCAAAGGAGAGAAUCGGAGCUUUUGUCGCCAUUGCGCUUGGCGUAUGCGCUGCCCUUGCUGCCUUAAUCAAGCGAUCCAAGUACGCUCACCUUGAAGACGGCGACGUCACCUACCACGGAGCAUACAUCCUCCUCUGGAGCGUCGCCGAAGCAACCCUCACCACGAUUGCCGGCACCUUACCCUCCAUCCGGCCCUACAUAAAAGACACGCCCCACCGCUCGCCGAGCCCGCCGCCCGAGUCCGUUCCCCUCCGAGACAUGAACUCGGUAGACGCUGAAAAGGGCCAAAGUAGCGACAGCGAACUGCACGAGAGUGAGGUGUUGUACCGCUCCAUGGUGCGGGCGGGUUUGCUUUAG